UUGACACAACCCUUGUUUAGAAUACAACCACCACCUGUUGAAAAGAAGUCUUACAUACGAUAAAUGGGCAGAAACAUCUAUAUCUACACUUGCUGAUAUAGUCUUCGGAUAUUUCAAAUAAAUCAGAUUAUGUAUUCAAAUCCUACCUUUUCAUAUUAAAUGUUUAGUCCCUCCGAAGCCGGGUGCGGUCGAUAUCUUGCAUUUAUCACUACCUUUCAUGAAUAGGUUUAAUCAAACCAAGUCUAAAAAUCCUUUAGUAAUUCUGUUUUUCUCUAUUUUACAUAAUAAUUCAAUUGCGGGAGAAUCUGAAUAAUAAAUACAAUAUUAACAUGUCGUUAAAAUGUACUGUCUUACUAAUUUCAAUGUCAAUUUACAUUUAUGUUAUGUAUUUAAAACUUUUUUCCAAAUCUGUACUCGCAUAUACAGAUGUUUGAUUGUUAAUGCGAUUUAAUUAAGAUUAAAAUCUUAAUUGCUUUUGGAUCACUUCUUGAACGUAAACUUGAUUUUCAAACAAAUGUAAUGUUUAAAAUCGUAAAAAAGUAUGUUUUCAUGAUAGGCUUACACCGCAUAUAUGAUCAAGACUCAGGAAAGAUUAAUAUGGGAUGAUACCUCUCAUCACGUGACAUUUACUGCAUGGAAAACUGGUGAACCAUCUGAUGGAAAUUGCACACGUAUGAACUACCGGUUUUAUAAUGAAGAUAAUACAUGGGAAUCUGAGGAUUGUGAGAGACAGCUAGCAGAGUAUUUCGUCUGUGAAAGGGAUAUACACUCUGGUACAACCAAAGGUACCGAUACAGCAUAUUUACCUGACAAGCGGAACUGGGUCCUGAUUCCAGAACAGAUACCUACCAAUCAAUAUAAUGGAACAGUAAAUCAAACGAUGUCAGGAAAAACAUGUUCACUUUGGGCAAAUGAAAACAGAACGAAUUUACUAGAUAGUGGUGCAUGGCUUCAUGAUGACCCAAUUGAGGACACGAUGUUUCCGGAGAGAUCUAUAAUUGCGGCAGAAAACUAUUGUCGUUCGCCAACCAAUGACAGAUAUCUCUGGUGCUACACUGAAUAUGAUCCAAUUAAGCCAUACGCCUUCGAAGAAUGUGAUAUUAUCAUGCAACCUGUACAAGCCAACAACAGUAAAUUUGACGGUUAUCUAAGAUAUACGGGAACGCUAAAUACAACAUUCUCCGGUGAACCGUGUGUGAAAUGGUCAGAAAAGCUUGCUCAUGAUUUUUGGUUCCCUGGAGAAAGUCUUGCUGGUGUCAGCAACUAUUGUCGGGAUCCCUGGAAUAGCGGGUACAUCUGGUGCUUCACCAAAAAUAAAUCAUUGUGGUGGCAGCCGUGCAUACUAACAGAUUCGCCAGACAGUGGUCGGGGAGUCGUUUAUAAAAUAAGAAUUUGGCACGGGUUUGGAAUCAUACAUACACAGGGGAUUGCUUUGUUCAACCUUGGAGAAGAUUAUAAUGAUUCUGUUAGAGAAAAAAGAGUUUAG